AUGUCCCAACGACCCAUGAUUGUUAAGCUCAAUACUCAGGUGUGCGAACGGACAGGUUGCAAGAACUGUAAAAGCAGAAAAGUCAAGUGUGAUGAGCGGAAGCCCGCGUGUUCGAACUGUGUCAAACGCCAGAUCGAUUGCGACUUUAUGGACUUUGGGUCGCCGGUUUCUGGGCCGUCGUCUACGCCCGGCCUUGAGUCCGCCUGUAGCCUGAAUAUGAGGGAUCUCGAACUCCUGCACAACUACUCGACCAGCACGUACCGGACUUUGUCUGAAGAUUUGGCUAUGCGAGAGUUCUAUAGAGUCUCGGUGGUACAGGUAGGCUUGGGUUGCGAUUAUAUCAUGAGAGCGCUCUUGGCUAUAUCCAGUCUUCACCUGGCACUACAUCGGCCUCAUUUAAAAAGUCAUUACCAAUCGAUGGCCAUGACACAACAUCAAUUAGCGUCGAGGGUAGCAAUACCGCUCAUGUCGGAAGUGACUCCAGAGAGCGCGCAGAAACUUUUCUUGUUCUCGACCUUAACGGUAUACUAUGCUCUUGCUGGCCCACGUAGAUCAGUGGAUGACGGCCUACUCCUGGAAGAAGCUACAUUUCCCGACUGGGUGUUCCUGUCGCAAGGCCCCCACGGCCUACUCAGCCAAGCUGGCGCCAUGGACCAAGGUCCGCUCUCCCCCAUCAUUAAGCAUGGGAUUAUGAGAUACGAACUACGAGAGAAGUCGGCUCACCUCGAAUCAACUGCACAUGCGCAGCUUUCGGAGCUAGAGGUCUCAAUCAUGCGACAGGAUCUGCCCGAAAGGCUUCGGCGCAUUUAUGGAAUAGCGAUUGCUGAGCUGAAAAAGUCUUUCAGUCAGCUUCAGCAUAGUCAGACCCCCUACGAGCUGACCGAUGCAUUUGUAUGGAUUUAUGUCGUGGCGGAAGACCUGCUGCCGUUAUUACGAGCUCCGACACAAGAAGCAGUGGCUAUCUUUGCAUUUUUCUGUGUUCUUCUCAAAGCGCUGGACGGACAGUGGUGGCUUCAAGGUUGGGGCCAGCAUCUUAUAAGUCGUGCGUAUGCAUUACUGGAUGAUGAAUGGAGACUGAGGAUAAGGUGGCCCAUAGACGAGAUUGGCUGGAUACCUCUUUCAGCCUUCGGUUGA